CUUCGUCCUCUUCGAACAGCUGGCUUUGAUCAACACCAAUGCGCCAUGAGCGGCCAGCAGCAGCAGAAGAAGGGCUGGGGAUCGCUGCUGGCGGGCACGCUCUCGUCGCUCGAAUCGCGUCUUGACAACAUCCUCAUCGACGACGAGACGGCCCAAGCAGCUGCGCAAGCCCGUGCUCAAGGAAAGACCAAUCCUACUGCCGCCGCGACCUCAUCCACCACUACCACAAGACUGCGCAGCAAUUCGAUUAAGCUCGCUCCCAAUGGCUCCGCUGCAGCUUCGAGAGACGCUUCAAGGACGAGAGUCAAUGAUCGCCUGGCAGAGAAAUUGGCCAGAGCGACGGCACAGAAGUCGUCCAGGCCAUCCACACCCGCGGUUGACGAAGAUGGGCGUGCGAGCGUGGAUUCGAAGCGCGCAGACGACGCGGCUGUGCCUGUGCCAGAGAUAGCGAUUCAAACAGAGGAGCAGGCGGAUUCGAAGGUGGAUCAGAGUGCCGACAAGCAGAACGAGGUCAAUGGAACGACUACGGACGAAGGCGGUAUAGAAGCAACUGCAGAACCAGCAACUUUGAUAAGUUCCGACCUACCUAUCAAUCCUGCUCGCCAGUCGACAGAGGGAUCUAGGGCUUCAGUGGAUGAUGGCUCCUCGAGGGCUUCUUUGGAAGUCGCAAACGGAGUACAUACGCCGAGCGGACGCACGGAUGGAUCACAGGCCCAGGACCAGUCCGAUAUCCACGCAUUUAUGGAACGGAUCGAUGCUCUCCAGGCAAAACUGACCUAUCUGGCAAAGGAGACGGUGGCAGCGGCUAAGAAAGCCAAUGCGUCCACCGACAGUUCUAGCUUGAAGAAGCAAUUGGCCACCAAAGACGAGAAGAUUGCACUACUUAUGGAUGAAGGCGAGAAGCUGAGCAAGAAAGAGCUGAAGCACCUCCAAACUAUCAAGAAACUGCGUUCGAAGACAGAGGAAGCUGAUAAGACUUCCGCUGAUCUGAAGAAGAGGCUUGAACGGGCAGAAAAGUCCGAGAUGGAACUGCAGGCGAAACUGAAGAGGGCAGAGGCAGCUGAACGCCAAGCGAACGACAAGAUGAAGCAAAUAGCAACCAUUGAUAAACAGGUCGAGGAACUGCGGACUGAUCGCGAAAAUGCUGCCGAGCUGAUACGCAACCUUACCACGCAGCUGAAGGAGGCCAACGAAAGGGCAACUCGGGCUGAGAAGAACGCAGCAAACAAGGCCUCCGAAGCCGACAAGGGAACAAUAGCACAUCUGCAGAACGAGCUGGAGGAUGCACAGAUUGAAAAGAAGCUAGCGGAGGACCGAGCCGCAUCUGAGAUGCGCAAAAUUCGCGAGGAAGCUGAGCGACAGAAGGAGAAGUUUGGUGUACGGGAGCUCGAAUUCAAAAGUGAGAUCUCGAACCUCGAAUCACGACUGGAGGCGAUGCGUGCGCGGGCAGAGGAGGCCAGUGCCACUCCAGGAGCUGGCGAUGGCGAGAGCAAUAUCAAGUUGAUCAGACAGGUCGAGACGCUACAGCAACAGUACGCGCUUGCUAAAGGGAACUGGGAGACGAUAGAAGGCUCUCUUAAUGCCAGGGUAGCUGCUCUUGAGCGGGAAAAGGACGAGGCCACGAAGCGAGAGGUCGAAGUUCGUAAAAAGGCGCGAGAAGCAGGAGCCAAGUCAAGGAAGGCUGAAGAGGAGCUCGAGAGUGCUACGGAUCGAGUCAAGAGCCUUGUCCAGGAGCUCGAAGUCCAACAACAACGCCUCAGCACGCUGCAGCAAAAGUUGGAUCAAGCUGAAACUUCACAAUCAGACGCGAAGGCAGAUACGGAGCGUCAGCGCAAACAGCUUGAAGCCGAGUUCGCCAACCGGUUGGAAGAAGAAAAGCACAGAUUGCGACGCGAACUGCAAACCUCUCCCCAUCUGGGUUCUCUACAGUCGCCGACAACCUCGAGCUCUCGCAAAGCCCCAUUCGCUGAACUUCCGAACAUUCGCGGCAAGGGGCUACAACGACUCACAUCUCACGAUCUAUCCGCAUUACACACCGACCACCAACGUCCAACAAGCGCUCAUCGCCGCCCAUCUGCCCUGCCGAGCUCGACAACAACUUCCGCACGCGGUGGUCUGGGCACCCCAACCGACGCGUCCCCCUCGAUCAGCAGACGGGAGUCCAUGCUUUCGCUGCAGCCUGGAGACAUCCCACCCACCCCUUCCAUCGAAAUCCCAGAUCGUCUCAGCGAGGGUGGCAGUUCCUCGCCUCAGCGAACUAUCGCGGACCUCGUUUCAAAUUCUACAGCAGGACCUGGCGCUGGUCCAUCUGUGCAACUUGUCGAGCGCAUGAGCUCUCUUGUUCGCAAAUUGGAGUCAGAGAAGGCUAGCUUCAAGGAUGAGCUGUCGCGAUUGCAACAACAACGCGAUUCUGCGAGGGAUGAAGUUGUGGAGUUGAUGCGUGAGGUGGAGAGUAAGCGGAGCAGUGAGGUGAAGAUGACGGAGAUGAGUAGUGAGUUGGAUGGUUUGAAGAAGAGGUAUGAGGCUUCUCUUGAGAUGCUUGGGGAGCGAGAGGAGGAGGUUGAGGAGUUGAGAGCGGAUGUUGUUGAGUUGAAACGGAUUUACAAGGAGCUUGUAGAGACGAAGGUAGCGAGGUGAAGUUGAUGUUCAUGAGCAUCAGGUUUUUCGAAUACUACAAUGCAUUCCGAGCUUUUACUCGCCACGAUUGAAUCAGUGCUGAUUUC